UCCAACCGCCGUUCGUUCUCCAUUCGAUUAUAAUACCAUGCCGAAGAGAGCAACCCCAUCUCGAGCCCUGAAACCAUGGUUCCUCUGCUAGCAGUAUUCUCCCUUGUGCUGCUUGUCAUCAGCAACCACUCACCGGCGACAGCCGAACGACUCAGUUCCUUCUCCGCCGCCGACUCUCCAUGGUUUCCCUCCCAGGACCGCAUCCUGGUCUCCCAAAACCAAACCUUUGCAGCCGGCUUCCUCAGUCCCCCCUCUUCCUCCGGCAGCUUCAUCUUCGCCGUCUGGGUCCAGAAGUCGAUCGAUCGGACCAUCGUUUGGUCCCUCGGCGGCGACAUCGUCAACUCGUCUGCUCUGGCCAUCUCGUCCCUCGGUGUCCUCUCCCUUAACGACUCCUCCGGCCGUAACCUCUGGCCAGCCGCCGGUGGAGCCUCUAAUUCUUCCCAACUGGUCGUCCAUGACGAUGGCAGCCUGGUCCUCAGCAAUUGGAGUUCCUUUGACUUCCCGACCGAUACCAUCCUCGCCAACCAGAUGGCGCCUUCGAACGGGAAUGGGACGACGCUGAGGUCGGGGAACUACCAGCUUGUUGGUGCCAAGUCCCUCGUGUUUAACGGCACCGAUAACUACUGGAACGCGUCGGACAUCAUCCUCAACCUCACAUCGGACGGGCAACUGGUCAUGGAAAACGGCAAAGGAGUGAUUGCAGCCGACAAAGGGAAAAUCGUUCUCAGGAGGCUCACGCUCGACCCUGACGGCAAUUUUAGGAUCUACAGUCUUGAUGCAAGCUCGGGAAGGUGGCAGGUGGUCUGGCAAGCGUUGCUGGAGCUCUGCACCAUCCAUGGCACUUGCGGCACCAACGAGAUCUGCAUGCCCGACGGCUUCAACGCCACCAAGUGUGUGUGCCCACCAGGCUACCAAAACAGCACACGCAGCAAUUCCUGCGAACGGAAGAUAAAGCUCUUGUCUCCCAGCAAAUUCCUGAGGCUGGACUUCGUGAGCUUCUACCAGGGAUCGAACACUGCAGAUCUGACGCCGCGUAAUCUGGACGACUGCAGAUCGACAUGCGCGAACAACGCCAGCUGCAUCGGCUUCAGCUACAAGUUCGACGGCCGGCAGACCUGCAUCAACCAUUUCAAUCGAUUCGCCAACGGGUAUUGGUCUCCAGGGAGUGAGAUGUCAACGUUCCUUCGGGUGGCAAGGUCCGAAACAGAUCAAUCCAACUUCACGGUGAUGACCUCCUCGAUCGACACGGUGUGCCCUGUUCAGAUCAGUCUCCCCUUACCGCCUAAAGAGUCGAAGACCACCCUCAGAAACGCGGCCAUCAUCAGCACCCUGUUCGCGCUGGAGCUCCUGGCCGGAGUCCUAUCGUUCUGGGCAUUCCUCCGGAAGUAUUCCAAGUACAGAGACAUGGCCCAUACACUGGGGUUGGAGUACAUGCCCGGCGGAGGGCCAAAGCGCUUCUCUUACGCAGAACUGAAGGCCGCAACAAAUGACUUCUCGAACGUGGUCGGCCAUGGCGGAUACGGUGUGGUCUACAAGGGGGAACUCCCUGAUCGCCGCGUCAUCGCCGUCAAACGCCUCAAGAACAUCGGCGGCGCGGAAGCAGAAUUUUGGGCCGAGGUGACGAUCAUCGCCAGGAUGCAUCAUCUGAACCUGGUCCGGCUGUGGGGCUUCUGUGCCGAAAAGGAGCAGCGAAUGCUCGUCUACGAGUACAUUCCCAAUGGCUCCCUCGACAAGUACCUCUUCUCCCCAUCCACCGGAGUCGACGAAGGCUCGGGCGAGGACAAGAUUGACGACCCAAGGAGAGAGUUAGUUCCUCCAAGACCUCUGCUCGAUUGGAACAUCAGAUACAGGAUCGCCAUGGGGGUCGCUCGCGCCAUAGCGUACCUCCACGAGGAGUGCCUCGAGUGGGUACUGCACUGCGACAUCAAACCGGAGAACAUACUGCUCGAGGACGACUUCUGCCCAAAAGUGUCAGAUUUCGGCCUGUCGAAGCUGACGAACAAGAAGGACAAGGUGACCAUGUCGCGAAUCAGGGGGACGCGAGGCUACCUGGCGCCAGAGUGGGUGAUUCAACGGGAGCCGAUCACCGCAAAGGCCGACGUCUACAGCUUCGGCGUGGUGCUUCUGGAGAUCGUGAGUGGGGUCAGGAGCUCAGAGUUCCAGCGGUCGUCGCUGGAGAGCGAAGAUUGGUACAUGCCCAAGUGGGCGUUCGAGAAGGUGUAUGUGGAGCAGAGGAUCGAGGACAUCCUCGACCGCCACAUCAUGGAUUCCUAUGACAACCGCGCCCACUUUGAGCUGGUGGAUCGAAUGCUCAAGACAGCCAUGUGGUGCUUACAGGACCGAGCGGAGAUGAGGCCGUCGAUGGGGAAGGUGACCAAGAUGCUUGAGGGCACCGUGGAGAUCACAGAGCCUGGGAAGCCCACCAUCUUCACAUGCUAAUCACUUCGCAGAGUAUUAUACUACUUGGAAAGCAAGGCUGUUUGUGUGCAUGUCUACGCACGUAUUUCAAUAAGCAGACACUGAAAAUUUUAUGUUGAGAUUUAAAUUCUAAUUUCAUCUUAGUUUCUUCU